AUGUCCACCGCUAAUGCCAAGGUGGAUGUUCUACUGAAGCCCGUAGGUGAUGCUCCAGGCAUGCAAAAAUCCAAAUGGAAGGUUCAACGUACGGAUACACUGUUGAACAUGGUUAACUUCAUCCGCCGCUACCUCAAACUUGAUCCCCAUGACAACCUCCUCUUGUAUGUAUCACAGAGCUUCGCGCCCUCCCUGGACACUGAAAUUGGCACCCUGUAUGAUUGUUUUCACGCCGAUGGCAAACUCAUCCUUAAUUACUGUAAAUGUCAAGCCUGGGGCUGA